CCCUCGCUUCACUUCCAUCUCCAACUCAACCCAAACCGACGCAACGCGAUCGAGAGAAAAUCCGUCAUCACUCGCCACCACCCACUUGCGAGAACCAGCCUUUGCUUCGUAUCCAACCUCUGAAUUUCACAGGAGACCCAUAAAGAUCCCACCUUUUCUCUCAGAAGGAAGCAGCAGCAGCAGCAGCGGAAGAAGAAGAAGAAGAUGAGUUACUUGAACAGGGCGUGGGUGGCGGUCGGCGUGGCGGCGGUGCAGGGCCACUCGGACCAGGGCAUGCGGCUGAAGUACGGCGUGAAAUCGAUCCACCAGGGGAAGAGGAGGCUCUUCUCCGGGGUCGAGGCGGCGGACGUCCGACCCCUCGCCGGGGCCGUCGGGUCGGAGCUCGACGGGGCGGCCGCGAGGGGCGGCCCCGACGGGGACGAGAGGCGGCGGCAGGCGGACGAGUCGCUGCGGAACGUCAUGUACCUGAACUGCUGGGGCCAGAGCUGAAGCUUGUCGAAAUUUCUCGCGGAAGCGAACUGAUACCGUUUAUGGAGAUGCCAUGAUGAACAGAGAAGCCCCCCGAGGAUGAUGGGACCGAAGCGGGGGAGGCUCUGAGUUGACCCGGGGGUUGACCGGGUUUGAGUGGUGGGGAUGUUUGGUAGAUGAUGAGCCGAUGAAACAUUCGGACUUUGGUGGGGUGUGGGAAGGGGAAGAAAGAUUAGAUUUUACAUAACCAAGUGGAGGGUUGUGAAUUUGUGGUUUGUAUAUAUCUUGAGAAAUGAAAAGUUAAAAAAAGAAGAAGAGACUCUUUGGGGUUCAAUAUAUCUGUGAUUUGCUCUC